AUGUCAGCGGCAGAGGUAAUUCUUGGUUUUGUGGAGGAAGUGGAGCCGUGGCGACUACUUUCCUCUCAGUUCCCUAGUAAAAUAGGAGGUAAGCCCGCAUGGCUCUGUCAGAAAGGUUUGCCGACUCUGCCACAGUUGGAGUGCGAGAUAUGUCAUCUGCCUAUGGCAUUUUUGCUACAGGUUUAUGCACCUAUAUCAGGACAGGAGAAGUGUUUUCACAGAACGCUCUUCUUGUUUUGCUGCAAAACUCCUGAGUGCUACUCCAGUACUGAUAGCCGGUGUAUGAAAGUUUUCAGAAGCCAAAUGCCUCGGAAGAAUGAGUUCUAUUCCUAUAAUCCUCCACCAGAGGAUAAGCCCCCCUCUGAACAAUUCGAAGGCCACAAUGUGCUACCGCUGUCUGGACUUAAACUGUGUUGGAUUUGCGGUUGUCCGGGAAAUAAAGCCUGCUCUCGUUGUCACUCCAUCACCUACUGUGGGAAACAUCAUCAGACCAUUCACUGGAAACACUCGCACAAGAGAGAGUGUGGCAGCCAAGAAUCAAGUGUCAGGAGAUCUCUUUUUGUUUUCCCUGAGUUUGAACUCGUCACUGAACCUGAAGAUCUAGAAAAAAACGCGAAAGAUUUAGAAACAAAAGCCAAUGAGCUUCAAAGCAAUGAAGAGGAGACUUUAGAAGAUUCCUUUGCAGAAGCUGAGUUGGAUGAAAUGGCUCUGCAUGAGUCUGAAGAAAUGAAGGUUUUCCAGCGAUUUAAAGAGAGGAUUGCUCCAGAGCCAGAACAGGUGGUGCGCUACAACCGAGGGGGGGCUCCACUUUGGGUGUCUGCCAAAUCCAUUCCUACAGAAGAGGACAUCCCAGCCUGCUCCUGUGGCUCCAAACGCAUCUUUGAAUUCCAGGUGAUGCCCCAGCUGUUAAACAGCCUGUGUGUCGAUUCUACAGGAGCCAGCAUCGACUGGGGAACAGUUGCAGUGUUCACAUGUUCUCUCAGCUGCAGUCGUGAGGAACAUUAUUACUCAGAAUUUGUGUGGAAGCAGGACUUUACAGCUGAUCUGUGUAACAAAGACUAA